UAGGUUAUACUAGGAUCGCCUAAAAUCAACGAAAUGGAACUAGAGGAAAAUCGGGAAAAUAAGGUGAAGAACAAGCGACUGUGUUUUGCAGUUAUCCUGAUUUUCUGUAUAACUUUACCUGUGGGCUACUUCGUUUGGAAUUUCUUCCAAGCUUCUUCCAGUCAAAAAAAUGAUUUAUACAUUUAUCGCAACGAAUGGGAUGCUGAAAUGCCUCUUAAAAAAGAUUUUUAUUUUAUUGUGCCAGUCCCAAAUGUGAUUUUCUAUCAGACACCCACCCUUCCGUGUAAAACAAAAAAAUUUUGCAAAGAAAUCGUUAAGUUUCUUCAGGUCAACCACAUGAGCUGGGGUUUGCCGGACAUAGGAUGGAAUUUUCUUGUGGGCGGCGAUGGAAAUAUCUACGAGGGGCGAGGCUGGGAUGUACGGCCCAAACCUUUGAAGGGUUAUGAGGCAGUAUCCAUAAGCAUUGCUUUCAUUGGUCUUUUCGAGGGUGUGGAGCCAUCAACGCGCCAAGUUGAUGCAGCCAAGCAGCUUUUGAAAGACGGAGUUCACCUCCAGAAAUUAGAUUCAGAUUACUUUAUUUAUGCAGAACGACAAUUUGAAUUCAGAUGUGGUUGGUGUGCUGACCGAAAACUAUAUGAGAUGAUAAAACAGUGGCCGCACUGGUCAGACAAUCUCGAAAAUUUGGCCAACUAUGGUGGAAAUCGUUUUCUACUUUUCCAUAUUUGAAAAAUAUUUAUAAACAAAUAAAAACAGAGCAAAGA